AUGGAUAUUGGUGGUUUGGAGACAGUGGUGGCAAACUCUGCCUAUGUCUCAGCUCGUGGCAGUGUUGAUGGAGCUGCAGCGGCCUCCAUGCGAGACAAGAAAAUGCGCGCCAGGCUGAAACUCCCACACAUCCGAGAUUGUCAACACAUGAAGACGACUAUUGACUCAACAUUUGACAGCAUGUGUGUAAAACAGCCCAUCGGUAAACGUCUCUUCCAACAGUUUCUAGAUAGCGAUGCGGCCAACAAAACUGCCGGAGAGCUGUGGAGGGACAUUGAAGACUACACCAUCUGCCAAGAGAAGGACAGAGUGCAGAAGGCCACGAAAAUUGUCAAUAAAUAUUACGAGUCUGCUUCAAAGACUUUCUGCAAAUUCCUCGAGGAGAAGGCCAUCAGUCGAGUUAAGGAAGACUACAAGAACGUCCGCGGUGACCUCUUCAAAGAGAGCGAGCAACAGCUGCUCAAACAUCUUGACAAGAAAGCCUUAGAUGGCUUCAAGAACAGCAUGUACUUCCUGCGUUUUGUUCAGUUCAAAUGGCUGGAGAGCCAGCCUUUUGACGAAGAGUGGUUCAUGGACUUCAGAGUCCUGGGUAAAGGAGGUUUUGGGGAAGUGUUUGCUUGUCAAGCUAAGGCAACAGGCAAAAUGUACGCCAACAAGAAGCUGGAAAAAAAGAGGCUGAAGAAACGCAAAGGCUACCAGGGAGCCAUCGUGGAGAAGCGCAUCCUUGCUAAAGUUCACAGUCGCUUCAUUGUGUCCCUGGCUUACGCCUUCCAGACCAAGACUGACCUCUGCUUAAUAAUGACCAUCAUGAAUGGAGGAGACCUCAGGUAUCAUAUGUAUAACGUGGAUGAGAAAAAUCCUGGAUUUGAUGAGAAGAGAGCACGUUUCUAUACAGCUCAGAUCAUCUGUGGACUGGAGCACCUACACCAGCACAGGAUCAUCUACAGAGAUCUGAAACCAGAGAACGUACUACUGGAUGACGCAGGACAUGUCCGUCUGUCUGAUUUGGGUCUGGCUGUUGAGCUCCCGCCAGGAAAAGAUAAAACAAGCGGAUAUGCUGGAACUCCAGGUUUCAUGGCUCCAGAGCUGCUCCAGAAGAAGGAAUAUGACUACACAGUGGACUACUUUACACUUGGAGUGACUCUGUUUGAGAUGAUAGCAGCCAAAGGGCCCUUCAGAGUGCGAGGAGAGAAGGUUGAGAGCGACGAAGUGGUUCGUAGAAUCUUGAACGACGCCCCGCCUUAUACACCAAACUUCACCAAAGACUGCAAAGGCUUCUGUGAUGGGCUGCUGGAAAAGAACCCAGAAAAACGUCUCGGGUUUAAAAACAAUACGUGUGAUGAGCUGAGGAAUCAGCCCUUCUUUAAAGAAAUCAACUGGGGUCGUUUGGAAGCAGGCAUGCUAGCUCCACCAUUUGUCCCUGAUCCCAAGAUGGUCUAUGCCAAAAAUAUUGACGACGUGGGCGCCUUCAGCACAAUCAAAGGCGUGGUUCUGGAUAACAAGGACACUGAAUUCUACAAUGAAUUUGCUACCGGCAAUGUCGCAAUCCCCUGGCAGGAGGAAAUGAUCGAGACAGGUGUGUUUGGGGAGAUGAACAUCUGGGGUGAGAACGGCAAGCUGCCCAAUGACCUUGACCCAAACUAUGUAGAAGCCAAAGGUGGAGGAUGUGUACUCCUUUGA